AGAGCUGAUGACUUCGGCUCUGUCAUGUGAUCAGCUGUCUCCAAUCACAGCUGAUCGCAUAAGGGACAUCUAUACUGAUCAUCAGGGCACUAAUGAUCAGUGCUCUGAUGAUCAGUGUAGCCCCAUCAGUGCCACCUGUGCCACCUGUCAGUGUCCAUCAGUGCCACCUGUCAGUGCCCAUCAGUGCACAUCAAUGCGACAUAUCAGUGCCUACCAGUGCAAUCAAUGUCACAUAUCAGUGCCCAUCUGAGCUGCCUUUCAGUGACAACUAUCAGUG